UCCUCCGGAAGCUACCGGAUUCGGAAUCUCGCCCAAAGUCUUGCUGGCGCCGGCUGCGUGUGGGUUUGUGAGCCCCCCUCGCAGGCCGGGAUGUUCGUCCUGGUGGAGAUGGUAGACACCGUGCGGAUCCCCCCAUGGCAGUUUGAGAGGAAGCUCAACGACUCCAUUGCCGAGGAGUUGAACAAGAAGUUGGCCAACAAGGUCGUGUACAACGUGGGACUCUGCAUCUGUCUGUUUGACAUCACCAAACUGGAGGACGCCUAUGUGUUCCCGGGGGACGGUGCAUCACACACCAAAGUUCACUUUCGCUAUGUGGUGUUCCAUCCGUUCCUGGACGAGAUUCUGAUUGGAAAGAUCAAAGGCUGCAGCCCGGAGGGAGUGCACGUCUCUCUAGGGUUCUUCGAUGAUAUUCUCAUUCCUCCAGAGUCGCUGCAGCAGCCGGCCAAGUUUGACGAGGCGGAGCAGGUGUGGGUGUGGGAGUACGAGACGGAGGAAGGAGCGCACGACCUGUACAUGGACACCAGCGAGGAGAUCCGCUUCCGGGUGGUGGACGAGAGCUUUGUGGACACGUCCCCCACCGGGCCCAGCUCGGCCGAUGCCGCCUCUUCCAGCGAGGAGCUGCCAAAGAAGGAGGCUCCGUACACGCUUGUGGGCUCCAUCAGUGAGCCGGGCCUGGGCCUUCUCUCCUGGUGGACCAGCAGCUAGCACUGGGGCUGGACGCUGGACCCUGCCCAGUCCUUGGGAAGGUGGUUCUGCAGACGCCGAGGAGCAGCCGGUGCCCUGCCAGGUUGUCCCCUCCCCUCCUCCUCCCAGACCUACCCCGCUAAGUCCCACCGUCCACAUGGACUUCGCCUGUCAGUGACAACAAAGAUAUUUAAUAAAUGAUGGCCGCAUCGGUUGGGAGAGCCACCCUUGUCUCAGUGUUUUAAGGUUACCGAGUUGCCACAGCUGGGACAGUUCCUCACCCCAGAUCACUUCUGGAGAUGACUCAAUGGCAGGACUUGGGGUUUUGAGAGAUCCAGGCUGCCUCAGGCUAUGCUCUGGGCCAGCUGAGCUUGGUGGCUCCAUAAAGUAACACAGAGAGCAAGAGGCUGGCCUGGGGCAGCUGCCAGUUGCUGACCAGAGUCUGACCUUUAAGGGAAAAACCAUCUUCUUCCCAGCAGCGUGUGGAAGGUGGGGCGGCCUGGGCUCAGCUGACCAGCUCCGUCAGCAGAGUGGGUGCUGUGGAUCUUGCUGGCCCAAAGGGGUGAGAGCUGGUGACCUGCUGUUGCUAUUCCCCCACCAGCAGCACAGCAGGAAGCCUCGGGCCAGCGAUCACUUUCCAACCUUGGCCACGCCAGGAACAAACACCCUGUGGGUCUGUCUGCUUGUGAUGCAAGAUCCUGGCACCAGGGCAAGCACCCCAUCAUCAUUUACUCAGCAGAAUGGCUUUGCCAGAGUCCUUGUGUCCCUUCACUCAUUUCUGCCAGGAAUUUUUGCCGGCACCAGGACAUCGCUUUGUGGCACCCACCCGACGCCACGUUUCUGCCAGGCGAGUCUUGUCCUGAUGAAGGGAUCUCCGUGGAGCCUGCCUCCUGCCCUGGCCUGUCUGCUCACGUGGACACAGGGCCGUGGAGGUAUGGGUGGUGCCAGUGGACGGUGCUCCAGGGAGAGGAGCAGUUGCAGAGCAGUGCCUGCGGCCGCCCUGUACUAAAAAAUAGGGAG